GCAAAACGGCCUAUUCAUAUAAAUUUAACAUCAAUGCAUUUCCAUUUUUGUCAUCUCUUCUGUUACAUUGCCUGUUCUAUUCAUAUAUACAUACAAUUACUUAGGUCACUGUAUGGAAUCUGUAAUGUGAGAUCAAACAAACUCACUGUGUUACCCGGUUACAAUAAUUUCUGUGUUUCCUUUUCUUUAGUUUCUAAACUAUGAUCUGUUAAGACCGUUUCUCUUCUUUUUCUGUUGUUCUGAAACUUAUUUCCAGAUUAUUGAGGGUCCAUCUGUGCUUGUUAUAUUUGCCUGAAUUUGUGGUUGCGUCUUCUCUUGUCUCAAACUGGUUGACUUGUAUAGAGGGAAUGAUGAAAUAUGAUAUUUUUUCGGCCUUUAGACUGUAUACGCCUGGUGGGAAAAUGGAGAAAGAGUGAUAGAUAAAAUAGGAUGAAGGUGAUAGAUUUAAAAAUUCGAGUGUGAAAAUAGAGAGUUGAGGAAUCAUGUUCUUUCCCCGUUAGAACAUGCCAGACUCUUUUAAGGCAGGUCAUGUUAGCAAAUCAAGAUUUAUGGUUGAUUGUAUUUUCUUUCUAUUUCUAUACUUUCAAUCCAUCAUUCUGAAUUUCUGAUACUGAUAUAAUAUCUACCACGAAGAAAAUUUGAAACUUAACUGCUAAGCAUAGACAAGUUUACUAACAGGUUGAGAUAGUUGGUUAUUUGUAUCCCCCGUUUUGUAAAUGAACAAAGUUGUUAAAUUAAAUAUCAUUGUGAAUUGCAUAUGAAAUGAAUUUUCUAUUUGAGAUUAUACACACACAUUACUUUAUCAUAGACCUUGCAUCGAAAAUCCUAUUUUGAUGACAUUAUUUAUGCUGUAUCUCCGAUAGGAGCUUGUGCAUAGCAGAGACCUACACUAUGGGUUCUGCUAACGGACUGAUUAACGCAGAGAGGAAACAGCCUCUAUUUUCUUUUGGAUUGAUAUCGGACGUGCAGUAUGCUGACAUUCCUGAUGGUAGGUCAUUCCUUGGUGUUCCACGUUACUAUAGGCACAGCAUUCUUGUGUUGCAGAGAGCAGUAAAACAUUGGAAUACUAAUAAGAACCACAAGUUUGUGAUAAAUUUUGGAGAUAUUGUUGACGGAUACUGUCCAAAAGAUCAAUCUCUUAACACUGUAAAGAAAAUUGUUAAUGAAUUUGAGAUGUUCAACGGACCAGUUUAUCAUUUGAUUGGCAAUCACUGCCUUUACAAUCUGCCUCGGAGUAAGUUACUUCCAUUAUUGAAGAUCAAGAGUUUUGGAAGCCAUGCUUACUAUGACUUUUCGCCAGUGCCAGAAUAUAGAUUCGUAGUCCUUGAUGGGUAUGACAUAAGUGCAAUUGGCUGGCCACAAGACCAUCCAAAAACAUUGGAGGCCUUGAAAUUCCUCCGGGAAAAGAAUCCGAACGAUGACAAGAACAGCCCGACAGGUUUGGUGGGCCUCGAAAGAAGGUUUCUUAUGUUCAAUGGGGCUGUUGGAAAGGAACAAAUGGAAUGGUUGAACAGUGUUCUUCAGGAAGCAACAAAAUUGGAACAGAAGGUAGUAAUAUGCUGCCACAUGCCUCUAGAUCCUGUUGCAUCAUCCAACGAGGCACUGCUAUGGAACUACGAUGAAGUAAUGAAUUUGAUACACAGAUACACUUGUGUAAAGUUGUGUGUAUCUGGACAUGAUCACAAAGGAGGGUAUUCCGUUGAUUCCCAUGGAAUUCACCAUAGAGUUCUUGAAGCUGCCCUGGAAUGUCCUGCUGGCACGGAUUCGUUUGGAUAUGCUGAAGUUUUUGACGACAAAAUAUCACUUUAUGGUACGGGCAGAAUGCGAAGUAAAGACAUUUACUUUCAUUCUUCAGCAGAUUUGUAAUGACAAGAUGUUGAUUUUUGUGAGACACCUAUUCGUUAAUUGGAUAAUAUUGUGGUCCUCGGGCAAAUCCAACCCACGUGGAAUUAACUUUCUAAGUAACGGAAGUGGAAUUACUUGUAUGAGUUAGCUAACCUCGGAACAAGUUCAUGAAUCAACGGCGUUCUACUUGAGUGUUUCCCUUGUUUCGGAAAGAGACAAAGAUUCAAAAAGCAUUAACAAAGACUGGAGGUUUCCUAAUAGAUGAUUUAUCUGUCAAAUUUUUUAUUGGUUUUGUAUAACUAUUAGGAGGCUUUUCUAGACAAAAACUCCUUUAACUUACUGUAAUAAUCAUAUUAUUUUAGAACUUUUGUACAAUGAAACUGCAAAUUUGACUGCUUCCUAUCUAAGCUUAUCACCUUACUUCGCAUCGGAUGGCUCGGUUCAUCAUAAUUUGACACUUUUAUU